GUUUCGCGCUCGCGCCUGGCAUGUGGUGCUUUCAAACGGCCAAACAAAGCCCCCCUGAUGCAAAACGUUUCGAGCGGUCGCCGCGCAACACCGCGUGCCAAGUACCCUUUGCUGCCGCGCGAGGGUUUCCAGCCUCGGCUCCUCUUAGGCCCUUCCUGUUGCGUCGCUUUGCACUGCGCGGCGUGUGCGGCUUUGCGCUGCGCGGCUUGUCUGGCUUUGCGCUGCGCGGCUUGUGCGGCUUUGCGCUGCGCAGCUUGUCUGGCUUUGCACUGUGCGGCUUGUGUGGCUUUGCGCUGCGCGGCUUGUGCGGCUUUGCGCUGCGUGGCAUUUCAUGUGUCUUGAGUAGUAUAAGGGGAAUGUCCGCGCUUCCCGCCCCUUACGCCCCUUGCGCUGCGCCCCGCUUUUGUUUCGCGCUCGCGCCUGGCAUGUGGUGCUUUCAAACGGCCAAACAAAGCCCCCCUGAUGCAAAACGUUUCGAGCGGUCGCCGCGCAACACCGCGUGCCAAGUACCCUUUGCUGCCGCGCGAGGGUUUCCAGCCUCGGCUCCUCUUAGGCCCUUCCUGUUGCGUCGCUUUGCACUGCGCGGCGUGUGCGGCUUUGCGCUGCGCGGCUUGUCUGGCUUUGCGCUGCGCGGCUUGUGCGGCUUUGCGCUGCGCAGCUUGUCUGGCUUUGCACUGUGCGGCUUGUGUGGCUUUGCGCUGCGCGGCUUGUGCGGCUUUGCGCUGCGUGGCAUUUCAUGUGUCUUGAGUAGUAUAAGGGGAAUUAACUAAAUACUGUUUCAAUCAGGG